AUGAGUAUCUUAUUUGUCUUCCGUAUAUUCAAGGUUUUAGCUUUGGGAAUAAAAGGUGGGGUAAGAUCAAGUUCAUUUGCUCUUGAGCGGCCUUUACUUUUUCUGUUCUCAUUAUUCGAGUAUUCUCGUUUAAUUAUAGAACUUUCCAUUUAACGACUUUUGAUACAAUCCAGGGAUGAGUUAUAAUUCUUUAGAAGACGACCAAGAAAUGGGCUGAUGCGUCCUGGAUUGUGUCUCAUUGUCCCUACAUCCAAGUGCAUGAAUUCGACCCUCGCUGACUCCUAUUAGGUGGUUUCGCGAUCUCGAGACUUCAGCCAAUCUCUUGGGGCAAAGAAACCUUUGAGUCGCUAGUCUUAGAACCAAAGCAAAAAAAACUGAUCCACAGUCUUGUGAAGCAACACUCACUCCUAGACGAUAAAUUCGACGACCUAGUUUGCGGCAAAGGUCAAGGGCUCAUAAUCCUCCUAAGUGGCAAUCCCGGUUGCGGUAAAACGCUCACAGCAGAAGCCGUAGCAGAAGUAACCCGCAAGCCGCUUUACAUGGUCUCAGCCGGCGAACUAGGGACCAAACCCCCAGAAGUCGAUAAAGCACUCACGCAGGCCCUAACACUUGCCCACAAAUGGCAAGCCGUAAUGCUCCUCGACGAAGCCGACGUCUUUCUUCAAGUCCGUGAUACCAUCGAUCUCGAACGUAACGCAUUAGUCUCUAUCUUCUUACGACAACUGGAAUACUACCAGGGGAUUUUGAUACUGACUACCAACCGAAUUGGAGACUGUGAUCCAUCGUUUGAGAGUAGAAUUCAUAUCAGUUUAAAUUAUCCGGAUCUAGGAGUGGGGGCUAGGGAGGCUGUUCGGAGGCCUUUGUUGGGAAGGUGCAAAAGGCUGGGGUGGGAGGUUCGGUUAGAGAGGGGGAGAUUAGGGAAUUGGCCGAGUUGGAGUUGAAUGGGAGACAGGUCAGUAUUCUGAUAAAACUAGAUUUUAAUGAUGUGCUGAAUAGUAGUAGAUUAAGAACCUUGUUGGGAGUGCUAGGUCUCUUGCGUUGGAUAAUAAUGAGCAGAUGGAUGCUUCGCAUAUAAAUACAGUUGUGGAAAUCAUGUCUGACUGGAAGGAACUUUGA